AAGCGGCGCGGCUGAUUCAAGAUGGCGGAGAUGGACCAGCUGUUGGACGAGAGUUCCUCGGCAGAAGCACUUGUCAGUUUAAAAGAGGGGAGUUUAUCAAACACUCUAAAUGAAAAGAACUUCCCAAGAGCUCACAACACCAGGGGACGCCAGUCCACCCUCACCAUGGAAACGCCCCCUCGAGGCUCAAAGAGGAGUCGGUACGAGGAUGACCAUCCACCCCAGCGUCUUCCGUCCAGGUCACCACGAAGGACCCAAAGGGUUAACACUACACCGCAGAAAUUUACCAGUGUGGUGACGCCUGAUAAGAAGUCAUCGCAGAGAAUAGGGUUGAGGUUAAGAAACCUCCUCAAGCUACCCAAAGCUCACAAGUGGUGCAUCUAUGAAUGGUUCUACUCCAAUAUCGACAGGCCUCUCUUUGAGGGCGACAAUGAAUUUUGCCUGUGUCUGAAGGAGUCGUUCCCAAACUUGAAAACCAGGAAGUUAACGCGUGUGGAAUGGGGGACCAUUCGGAGACUGAUGGGAAAACCCAGACGGUGCUCGUCGGCGUUCUUCGCUGAGGAGCGGACGGCUCUGAAGCAGAAGAGACAAAAAAUGCGUCUGCUACAGCACAGGAAGUUGUCGGACGUGUCCAACUGCAAAGAUCUUCCUGAGGAGAUUCCGCUUCCUCUUAUCAUAGGAACCAAAGUCACUGCUCGACUACGAGGCGUUCACGACGGCUUGUUCACCGGGCAGAUCGACGCGGUGGACACCAGCGCCGCCACGUACCGCGUCACCUUUGACCGCAGCGGCCUUGGAACUCACAACGUGCCUGACUACGAAGUUCUUAGCAAUGAGCCCAAUGACACGAUGCCCAUUUCAGCUUUUGCUCAAAAACACCGGAUGACGCGCUACAUGCAAAAUCUCUUGACUCCACCUCGAGGUCCCUAUCCGUCCGCGACCACUCCCGUCCUGAUGGACCAUGACCCACUUAUCAAUCAGUCACCAUGGCGUACUAAGCUACCCGGUGCAGACGGAGAAACCCUUGGAGGAUUUCCUGUCAAGUUCCUGGUCCAAGUGACAAGGUUGUCCAAGAUCCUGAUGAUCAAGAAAGAGCACAUCAAGCACUUGAAAGAAAUGAACACUGAAGCAGAAAAAAUGAAAUCGUACGCUUUACCCAUUGAGCUGGACUUCCAGAAGCGCUACGCCACAACGGUGCUCGAGCUGGAGCAACUCAAUAAAGAUCUCAAAAAAGUCUCGCAUGAAGUGAAGCAGUUCUGUUGUGAGCUCUCUCCAGACCUGGGUCUUCUCCCCUCCGACCACCCGGCAGACUUGCGGCAGCACUGCGAGGACGAAGCCCGGCAAAUGGUGCAGCUGAGCGACUCGUCAAAGGACGGCCAGCAAAGCGUGACCAACGGCAACCUCAAGCAACUCGUCUCCAGCCUGACGGCUCUGCUGCUCCAGAUCAAGUGUCUGGCAGAUGGUGGAGACCUGAAUUCAUUUGAGUUCAAAUCGCUAACAGAGUCGCUAAAUGACAUAAAAGCGUCCAUCGAUCCCUCCAACCUCAGUUGCUUCCAGAACAGCGUGGAGAUCCACGUGGCGCACAUCCAGAGCGGCCUGAGCCAACUGGGCAAUUUACACGCGUUUGCUGCCAACAACACCAACGCCGUAUGA